AUGAAGCCGUAUAAACUUGUUGUACUUGGCGAUAAUGGUGUAGGAAAGUCAGCACUUACGAUUCAAUUAUGUCUGGGUCAUUUUGUUGAGACUUAUGAUCCCACGAUUGAAGAUUCGUAUAGAAAGCAAGUUGUUGUUGAUGAUGAACCAUUAAUUUUGGAGGUACUCGAUACGGUUGAACUUGAACAAAAACAUAAGCAAUCGAUUAGAGAUGGUGAAGGUUUCCUUCUCGUAUACUCAGUUUCAUCUCUGUCUACAUUUGAAAGAAUAAGUAAAUAUAGGGAUCAAAUCGCUUGGUACAAAGAUGACGAGUCGAUUUCCAUGAUGCUUGUUGGCAACAAAUGUGAUCAAAUUACUGAGCGGGAAGUUUCACAAGAAGAAAACCUGAAUAUGGCUCGAAGAAUUGGAUGUGAGUUCAUCGAAAGCUCGGCGAAAAAUUGUGUAAAUGUUGUAAGAGCAUUUUACACUGUUGUCAGAAUGAUUCGAGCCAAUCGCAAGGAUGGGAAUAAGCUUAAAAGAAAAAAACUAUGCUUAAUAUUAUAA